AUGAUGCCUCUCAAAACGCAAAGGAAGGUAAUGAAAAGGAUUCGUUUCUCCAAUAAGAAGAGUGAACCAUUCACAAACACAAAAGACGUACUUUCCAGAAGAUUCAUUUCAUCACAAAAUAAUAUUAAAGCCUGGUCCAUGCUCAAAAGACCACAUUUCAUCAUUCCCAAACCAGCAACAGCAAGACAGUUAAUUUUAAAGCCCAAGUUCGAGCCAAUAGAUAAUCCGAAUGAUUACUUUCGGCCCAAACCCUUAUUUGUAAGAAACAAUGAUAAUUUCUAUGCAAAUGAUUACCAGACGCCUAAAAGACAACCUGAUUUGAAAUGGAGGAACAAAAUAAGCUAUAUACAAGAUGCUUUGAAGCAAUUCGCGCCGCAAACAAAAUCAAGAAUAGAUACAACUUUAGAAAGACCUACGUUACUACCGACGUACAAACCAAAGUUCUUGAGAGACAGGAUAGACUCCAUCAGAAAUUAUCUCAAUAAUGGUGAAUACGUGAAGCCGACAAAAAAAUCUCUUGAACGCGAAUAUUUCUUAAAGGAUUAUGAAAAUGAUGACGACCAGUCUUCAAUGUUUUACUAUCGAAGAGAUAAUCAAGGCGACGUGGAGACUACGACGGCUAAGAGACGAACGCGACGAAAACCAAGAACGUUAUUUUUCCUCAGUCCGACUGUAACUAGUUGGUGGUUAGACGACAUGUACCUGAAAGUGCGGCUGCCUCUGCCGAUCAACUCCAACCCUGGCAUGGUGUUUCCGCGCCGCAAGUUCGCCAAGAUGGAAGAGGUGGCUGAUCUCGGAGCGUUGUUCAUCGACGAUCUAUUGGACUACAAGGAAAUGUUGGACAGGGGCGAGCUUCCUCUGGAAAGAGCAACUAGCCGUGAAAAGGGUCAGCCGCUGUGCAUGGAACAAUUCUACCGCCUGCUGGGCGUAUGUCGCAUCCCUGAAAUGGGAAGAGAUAGGUUAGAUCUCCCAAAGAUUAAAAACGGGACCGAAGAACAAGAGGAGCUCGUUGUUGUAGCUUGCAGGAAUUAUUUUUAUCCAAUCCCAGUGAAAGCAAUGGAUCGCGGGCGGCUUACUCCAGGAGAGAUCCAAGCGCAGAUCCUUCACGCCAUGGUAGACGCGUCUGCAGCUCCGCCAGCACCCAGAGUCGGGCUCCUCACUUCCAUGAACAGGGACCAGUGGGCCAGAGCUAGAGAGCAGCUUAUUAGAGAUGAGAACAACCGCUCCAAUCUGGAACUGAUAUCGCGCGCGCUAUGCAUCCUCUGCGUGGACGAGGCUGGGGGAGACCGGGCCGACACUGACGAACAGACAAACGCAAUGCUGCGAGCCAUGCACGGCGCCGGCACCAGACACCACUCCGCCAACCGCUGGUUCGACAAGACUGUGCAGCUCAUCAUCUCAUCUGACGGCACGGUGGGAAUGUGUUACGAGCACAGCGCGGCUGAAGGCGUGGCCGUCAUCAGGUUGGCGGAGCGGGCACUGGCUAGGGCUGAGGUGGCAGACAGGCCAGCCCCGCCGCCGGCGCUGCUGCCAGCCCCUCAGGCUAUGAAGUGGAACAUCACGGGUGAUGUGCAGAGGACUAUCGAGCAGGCUGCUAGGGACUUGGAUCGCGCCAUCUCGGACCUGGAUUUCAAGGUGUACACGUACCGCGGCUACGGACGUGAAUUCAUGAAGUCCUGCAAGACCAGCCCUGAUGUCUACAUACAGCUGGCAUUGCAGUAUGCUUAUUACAAGAUGUAUGGUUAUCUAGUGACGACAUACGAGUCAGCAUCUCUACGCCGCUUCCGGAACGGCAGGGUGGACAACAUCAGAUCUGCCCACAACGGAGCCCACGCGUGGGCAGCGGCCAUGUGCACCGCUGAGACCCCCCCACUGAAUGAAGCCAACGAUGAUGGGCAGAAGAAAGUGUCCUUUAACUUGUAUGGGGAGCAAAAGAAACUUGAGCUGUUCGAAGAAGCAGCACGCAAGCAGACAUCGAUCAUGGAGGCUAACAUCCUAGGCCGAGGAAUCGACAACCAUCUCCUGGGGCUGAGAGAGGCGGCGCGGGAGUCUAUGGGAGCGUUGCCACCGCUGUUUAACGAUGAUACUUACAAGCAGAUGAUACAUUUCAAACUGAGCACUAGCCAGGUGGCGACUACAACCGAAGGCACUUUCAUGGGGUACGGCGCAGUGGUGCCAGACGGCUACGGCUGCAGCUACAACCCGAAGAAGGACUGCGUCAUAUUCUGCAUUUCCUCAUUCACGUCCUCCAGCGUCACUAACACCGAGGCUUUCCGUCAAUCCUUGGAGGAGGCUCUUGACUCCAUGAAACUCAUGUUCCAGGCAAGGAAAGUUGAAAACUAA